GCAGAAAAACGACCGCGAGUACUUCGUGCAUCCAUUAUCGUUCGUAAAAGAAAUUACAAUGCUGUAUGAGAUUCAGAUAAAAAUGGACUUAAAAGUUGGAACGGUUUUAAAAAAACACACGUUACUCAUUUUGCGAACGUAGUUUCAGUUUCACUUUGCCUUUUCAAUAUUAAAUAUUCUAUCUUGUGCUCCAUUCUUAGAGAGCACUUUACUGAACACUUGUUUUCGAGUAUAAGGGUGUAAUGGUGAUCGUUAACAUUCACAAUUGUUUCAUUCUCCUUUAAGUAUUACAUAUUGCUGUUUAAUUGUUUGUUAAAUAUCGACUCCAGUAUAAACAUGCCUGGCAAUAAAACUCAAGGAUUUUUAUGUACAUGGAAGAUUGAAAAAUUUAAUAGCAUUCCAGACUAUAAGGAGCUCAAGAGUCCUUCAUUUCAAAUUAAAAAAUUUUGUCAUAGUGAAUGGAAAUUAGUUCUAGAUCCUAAAAAGUCAGUUAAAUCCUCAGAGCGAGGUAAAUUUAAACAUUUUGUUUCGUGUUACCUUGAACUAAGCAGAAGUUCUAAUAUUGUUGAAGAAAUUCCCGUUAGCUUUCGAUUCCAUUUGUUAUGUCCCAAAGGCAAUGUUUUUAAAACGUCUAAGUUAUUCACUGAAAAAAAAUCUUUGUUCAAAUAUCCCACAUCUUAUUAUGAACUAAUUGCAGUUGAUACUUUGAAGCAAGAAAUGUCAAAUUGGCCAGAAGAUACAUUAACUCUAUGCUGCCUCAUGGAAAGUGUUCUAGAUUAUGAUUCGUUGUCGCCGACAACAAGUAAAACUGCUAUUACUGGAUGUAAACUUGAAACAAAUGUUUGUGAGUAUGAUUCCUCAUUUAUAUGGUCGUUAAAAGAAUCCAAAAGUUUCAAAAAAUAUCCGUUGAAUAUUAAAGAAAUAAAGCUUGGAGACAUUACAGUGAAAGUGAUUAUUAAACAGAGAUCUGGGAUUUAUAAGUUUUAUCUUUUCAGUGAUAUCAAUGAUGAAAGGCACCAUACUUUAUCUUGGUGUGCAUACCUUAUGAAAGAAAAACAAAUAGAAAAGAUGAUAUCGUUUGGUUUACGUUAUUUUGGUGACCAACAAAAUGUUUACGAUACUGGUGCUGAAAUUGAUAUGAAUAUCUUACAAAUUGAUAUUGAAGUAAAAUUUGAUAUAUCUUGUCUUGCUUCCUCUUUGGUAAAUUACUGUUAUGCAGAUGAAAAGUAUGAUAUUGAAACUCAAUCUAUGUCACUGGAGUUAUUCAAAAGCGGAAGGACUUCAGAGGAGGAGAGUGUUUAUUGUUUACAGCAAAACUUCAGUAAGUUGCUUGUGGAUAAAGAAUUUACUGAUGUGCAGUUUCGAGUGGAUAAUGAGAUGAUGACCGGCCACAAAAAUAUAUUAGCCUGUAGAUCACCAGUGUUCGCCGCCAUGUUUGAUCAACAAAUGACAGAAAAUAAUACAGGUAUUGUAGAUAUUGUUGAUGUAGAAGCAAAAACCUUUUCUUCCUUUUUAGAAUAUAUUUAUACAGGGUCAGUUGAAAAGAUGGAUGAAGAAUUGGCUUUAAACUUGUUGGUUGUGGCUGAUAAGUAUGAUGUACCAUCACUGGCUAAGAAAUGUUCUUUGCUUUUGAUGUCUGUUUUAUCGAAUAGAAACUUAUGCAAAGUAUUAUUGAUUGCCGAUAUGGUUCAUCAAAAAGAACUUAAAUCAUUUGUGGUAGAAUUCAUCUUAAAAAAUUCUACCAGUAUUUUAUCUUCUCCUGAAUGGUUGCAAAUAGUUCUGAAGAAUAAUGCUUUGGCUACAGAGUUACUGCUUUUAAUAUCAAAAAAAUUGGAUGAAAAGAGUAAAAUGAGUGAGGUUUCAUCUGAGGAAGCAUCUUGGGAUUGCUCUAGUUGCCUCUCCGAAAAUAACGGUGAUAAAGAUAAGUGUGCAUCCUGCAGUGCCGCUCAAAUAGAUAAAAUCAACAAGAAUAAUAUUGAUUUAUCUUUGAAAAAAACACUUUGGGUGUGUUCUAGUUGCCCUGCCUUAAAUGUUGGAGAUGAAGCAAAGUGCACAAUUUGCGAUGGUGUCCAAGAAAGUAAAAGUACGCUAGGAAGUGCUUCAACUGCCCAGCCUUCAAUUACUACCUUUGAAAAUAAUUUGUCAUCAACUCCAGCUAUGCCAUUUCAGUUUGGAAGCCAGCCUACUAUUGCAACUAGUACACCCACUAUUGGAUUUGGUGGAGCUGCUAGUAGUGCUUUUGCAUUUGGAAAUAAACCAGAAACUGUUAACUCUCUUCAACCAGCAGCUAGUUCUACUCAAAUGCCUGUGCCUGCAUUUGGUAGUGCACCUACUCAGCUGAUGUUUGGAAAUUCAACAACUCCCGCUUUUGGAAAACAAACUCCAGGGGGUUUCAAUUUUGGUCUCCCAACUUCUUCCAACUCAACUCCUGUCUUCCAGUUUGGAGUGGAAAAGAAGCAAGCCACGCCACAAUCAGGAUUCUCUUUGGGUACCCCUUCUCAGGACACCAUGAAUCAGAAUUUCCAACCUCAAUUUAAUAUUAGUACUCCGCCUUCUUUCAAUUUUGGGGCUACUUCUUCAGCUGGACCAUUUCAGUUUGUACCAAGUAGUGACAGUUCUCAAGCAGCAUCAGCGGGGCCACGUAAAAUUCGAAAAGCUUGUAGACGAAUGAAAUAGCAAGUUACAAACAAUGCUUCACGCUUUUCAUAGAAGAAUUUAUGUAAAAUCAAACAAACCACGAGGUGCCUGAAAACCGUACAGUAUGGAAUUUUAUUUUUAACGUGUGACAUAAUGCAAAGAAAUACACACAGAGAUGUACUGGAAUUUUUUAACAUUCAAACAGAAGACAUAAAUGAAUUAUACUUGUUACAAAUUCCACCUCUUUGACGGUACACAUACACACACUGCGCUCCAUAUCAGUCGCGUGUGUACGAUUGUAAAAGAAAUUUUAGAUUUCUUCACGCAAAGAAUAUGUUAAUUGUAAAUAAACUGCAUUGCUUUUAUUAUUUUGCUUUUUUUAGAAGUGAUGAUGAGCUCUCAGGAUGGUUUUUUUUUUUUUUAAUUAAUUUUUCUGAAAAUUCCAAGAUUGUAAAUUGCAAACAUGAAGUUUCUGUACCUUAUGUUUGAUUCUAUAAUUUAUUAUCUUUUUUAAUUGAAAAAUAGUUUCAAAUUUAUACUUCUCAUUUUUAAAUAACUGAGGAAUUACCUUGAUUGAAACAAUGACGAGGUCUUAGUUGCUCCUAUUUGACAUAAAUUCCCCAAAAUAUCAAUUUCUGUAUGUUAUAUAAAUGAAAUUGUUUAUGAAAUGUGUUAUUUCACCUUUAGUGCAUAAUUCAAGUUGGAUUGAUCGAGAGUUUACUUUAUAAAAAAUUAAGUAUCAACCAUAAUUAUGCAUGUUGUAUUUAUGCAGAAUGAAAUGUAACAAGAAAACAUAAUUAUGUUUUCAUAUGUGUUUGAUACUAUUUUAAUCUAUUUAGAUGUGAGUUACAAAAUAAUUUUAAUUUUUCAUCACCUUCUAUAUUUUUUUUUCUGCAUGGAUAUAUAUAUUAGGAAGUGUUGUGCCAUAUUAUUUUUAAAGUGAUUUAUUAGGUGAAAAUAAUCAAUGAGUUUUAUUAUUAAAAAAAAAUUGCUUUUGUUUUUCCAUUAAAAUUUUUUAUUUAUUCUAAUCUUUUAUAAUCAAUUGAAUUUCUGUGUAAAAAAGAGAGGCGAUAUACUUUUAAAUGUUUUCCAAGUUACAUUUAACUUGCAUUUUUAAAAGAAGUAUUUUUCAUUCCAAAUUUAGACUUUGUGUCUUUUUAUGCAUAAUUAUCAUAUUUUACAAGUCACUGCAGUUCAUUCAAACCAUAAUUUCAUGUCAGGAAUUUUGGUAUGUAUUGACCCUCUAGUCAUGAUCAUGGCAGUACUGAAAUUCAUGAUCAUGAAAUGCUUUGAUUAUGAAACGAUCAUGUUAUGAUAAAUAUGUCAUGAAACUUGUUAAUAUCAUUAUUAGAUUUUUUGCUAUGAAAGUUUUGAAUGGUACUUCAGUUGUAUCUAUUGUUGAGAAGGGAAAAAAAAGUUCAUUACCAUAUUGUAUAUAAUUAAAACAGACUGUAAAUCUGUUUUAUUUCCACUCAAGAUGCAGAUGUGGUGCCUACUAUUAUCUGUGAACUUUAAAUAUUAAAGACAAGGACUUAAAAUUGAAUACUACAUUCUUAUAUAUAAAUUGUUAUGUAAUAAAUAAAAUCUUUUAAAUUAUUGGCUCUAAGGCUUGUCAUCAUUGUAGCUGGAUUUUAGAAAGUGGGAAAUUUAUUUUUGAUAUGAAAUUGGAUAGAGUUUUGGCUUCAAGUUAGCUCUUUGUUGUGUAUUUCUUCCUUUUCUGUUACUUUUUGUAUUUAUUUUCAUUCUUGCUUAAUUAAUGAUAUUUCAACUGUUUUGGAAUAAAUUUCCGUCUAAAAAAAGUUUGUAUAGUAAAAUAAUUUAAAUUAAGAAAAGAAUUCAGUUUUUCUU